AUGAAUCAGCUGGUCAUCCUGCUGGACGUAGAUUAUGUGCCUAGUACAAGCAGGUCAAAAAAUGCUCACAGACAAACGUGGUCUGAACAAACCAACGGCAAGGUGGAACAUGCAGCCAAAAAGCAAAGCAAACAGCCUAAGAAUCGAUCUCAGCUGGGUAGCAACUUUGUGGCACCCGACGGAGGCUGGGGAUGGAUGGUUGUAGUGGCCGCUGGAUUUUCCAAUCUCUGCACAUUCCCAGUACUGCAGCAGUUCGGAUUGCUGUUCCGAGAGCGUAUGACUGAGCUAUCAAUCAGCGCGUCCGAGGUGACGACCAUCAUCAACACACACUCAGCCCUCACGUCCAUUGUUGGAUUGGCAAAUGGACCAAUGUUUCGUCGGUUCACCUAUCGUCAAGUGGCGUUCUUCGGUUCUCUGCUCGUUGGUUUGGGCGUCACCUUCACCUCACUGGCGGACAGUGUCUUCACCUAUAUGGCUACCUUUGCCGUCCUGUAUGGCGCCGGAGUCGGUAUCAACGCAUCUGCGAACUCGUUAGCACUCAACACCUACUUCAAACAAAAGCGCCGCAUUGCUACUGGCUUUGCCUGGACAUUAACCGGGUUAGGGCCGAUUGUGGCGCCACACCUUGUCACGGUGUUACAGCGACACUUCGGUAUCAACGGCACGGUGUUAAUAUUUGGUGGAUUUGCCAUGAAUGCGAUGGCCUUUGCCAUGUUGUACCAGCCUGUUCAAUGGCACACAAAACUCCCAAAAGUAACUGCUUCCCAAUCAGAUGAAGCCAAUCUACCGGCAACACCGGCACCCAGCAUUCGCUGCAGCUUUUGUCAGCUAGCUCAAGAGCCAGGCAGCGUUCCAUUCAACACACUGCCAAUCAAACGUUCCGUCCAGGACCUGCUGGAUUAUGAUGCAGUGCUUGAAACAGGAACCCCGAUGUUAUCACGUGCCAAUGAUGGUUGGUACUCGCGCACAUCGCUUCGUUCACUGUAUGGAUCAAAGCUCAGUCUGACGACGCCUCGAUAUCUCUCACUGAGGCCGUCCAUGCUGAACUUAGGCGAUGCGAAAGCCUUCAAUGCUGUUCCGACGAAGGAACCGGCUGCCUUCACGAUCGACGAAUGUCACACAGAGGACUGCCCCAAUGUGCAGGCUGAACACGAGCCUCUUCGUCGACGACCAGCAGAUGCUACUCCUCAACCUCAGGCUCCUACACCCGGACUUUACAUCGAAAAUCAAUCCUCAGAAACACAGCAACAAAACGAACCCGGUUCAAAUGCUGCGGAAAAGGACGUCCUUAAGCAAGCCUCUAAACGGCUCGCGCAACUUGUGGAGGACUCACGACCUACAGGAUGCACCUGUUCAAAAGAGCUCCAGCCGUUACUUCAAGACGUUCCUUUGGAAACGGUCCCACUAAGCCUCAUGCAACGUUUAGUGAUCUUCUUCGAUCUUGACCUUCUGCGUGAUCGCAUCUACAUCAACAUCAUGAUCGGCAUCACGAUCGCCAACUUCGCUGAGCUGAACUUCUCCAUCCUUACACCUUUCGUGCUGGCAGAUUUUGGUUGCUCUCGAGAUCAGAUCGCGAUGGCCAUGUCGGUGUUGGGAAUAACCGACAUCUGCUGCCGGUGUUUAGUACCUUUCAUAGCCGAUCGCAUCAACUGGCAGAAUCGCACUUUCUUUUUGAUUGGGGUGAUCAACAUGGCUCUGGGCAGAGUCGUAUUGGCUCAUUUCCACAGCUACGCAGUCGUGCUAGGCAUCGCAUGCUGGAUCGGCUUCAACAAGGGCCUAAGGACAGUGUUCAUGGCACUGGCCAUUCCAUCACACGUCCCACUAGAUCGACUACCUGGAGCUACAGGGAUUCAUCUGUUGUUUGCAGGGAUUUUCUAUCUAUUCGUCGGUCCCGUUGUCGGAUUCGUGAGAGAUGCAACCAACUACGCCGUUACAUUGCACUUUCUCAAUAUCGCCACUUACGCGAUGGCGAUCAGUUGGAGCCUGGAGAUGUACUACUUUACACCACGCCAGCGACGGAGACAAACGGCAUCGAAGCUACCCGGCAGUUGA